GGGAGUUCUCGGAGUAAGAAUGGCCUUGGAAGGGAUGAACAAACGGAAGAGAAAGAGAAGUGUCGAGGAGGGAGAGAACCCUGACGACGGCGUUCGCGGGAGUCCGCCGGGAGACUACAGGGUUGGACAGGUCGCCAGUAGCUUAUGCCGCGGCGAGCACCAUUCCAGAGGUGGCACCGGUCGGCUGGCGGCCCUCUUCAGUUCUCUGGAGCCCCAGAUUCAACCCGUGUACGUGCCUGUGCCUAAAGAAACCAUCAAAAAAAGGAAACGGAAUGAGGAGGAAGAAAGUACAUCCCAGAUUGAAAGACCACUUUUGCAAGAACCUGCAAAAAAAGUGAAAGCGAAGAAGAAACACACUAACGCAGAGAAAAAGUUGGCAAACAGGGAAAGUGCUCUAGCGAGUGCUGAUUUAGAAGAAGAAAUUCACCAGAAACAAGGGCAGAAAAGGAAAAAUUCUCAACCUGGUGUUAAAGUAGCAGAUAGAAAAAUACUUGAUGAUGUAGAUGACACAGUUAUCAGUCAAAGAAAGAAAAUUCAAAUCAACGAAGAAGAAGAGAGAUUAAAGAACGAGAGAACUGUAUUUGUUGGGAAUUUGCCUGUUACAUGUAAUAAGAAGAAGCUGAAAUCGUUUUUUAAAGAGUAUGGACAAAUAGAAUCUGUACGAUUUCGUUCCCUGAUUCCAGCAGAGGGAACUCUAUCCAAAAAGCUGGCAGCAAUAAAACGUAAAAUUCAUCCUGAUCAGAAAAAUAUUAAUGCCUAUGUUGUGUUUAAGGAAGAGAGUGCUGCCACACAGGCGUUGAAAAGAAAUGGGGCCCAAAUUGCAGAUGGAUUUCGUAUUAGAGUUGAUCUCGCAUCUGAGACCUCAUCUAGAGACAAGAGAUCGGUUUUUGUGGGGAAUCUCCCUUAUAAAGUUGCAGAAUCUGCCGUUGAGAAGCACUUUCUGGACUGUGGAAGUGUCAUGGCCGUGAGGAUUGUGAGAGACCAAGUGACAGGCAUCGGCAAAGGGUUUGGCUAUGUCCUCUUUGAGAAUACAGAUUCUGUUCAUCUUGCUCUGAAAUUAAAUAAUUCUGAAGUCAUGGGGAGAAAACUCAGAGUCAUGCGUUCUGUUAAUAAAGAAAAAUUAAAACAACAAAAUUCAAAUCCACGAUUGAAGAAUAUUGGUAAACCUAAGCAGGGACUUAAUUUUACUUCCAAAGCUGCAGAAGAACAUUCUAAAAGCUUAUUUAUUGGAGAAAAAGCUGUUCUUAAAACGAAGAAGAAAGGACAGAAGAAAAGUGGAUGCCCUAAGAAACAAAGAAAAUAGAAAUAACAACCAGGAACUGCUUUUUCUUUUCCUGCUGAGUACUGCUAAUAAAAGUGCAGUUAUCUGCUGAUAGCAUUGUCUGCUA